CCUUGACACAUCGUGCAUUAUCAGGAGGAUCCGUGCCAUAAUGGACCCCGGAUGUAUUCGGCGUGAUUGUCACGCGCUGGGGUUGAUUACCAUCAUUGUUCUCUAGUAUAUAAGUUCAUCCCAUGUCCCUAUGGAAUACUUUCUCUCUACUCAGUUCACUUGAAUUCAAUUCAAUCCAAAUACGAACAAUCAAAACUGCUUCACGACUAUUACGUGACCAAGACACCUUGUCUGACUACGAUUACACCUUGAUGGAAAGUUACAGCAAAUACGAAUUUCAACAUGAUCGCAGAUACAUCUUCGAUUGCGGGUUACACAAUUUAUCGGGAAGAGGCCAACGACGCCGCUCCAGAUUUAUCAAAGGCCCGCUUAGCCCAUCCUCUCGAUCAGCUAUCGAUUGAAGAGAUACGCGUCGCUUCUGGCCUAAUCCGCCAGUAUGCUAGCCCAAAGACCCUUAAAUUCAACUGCCUUACUCUCCGAGAGCCCAAAAAGAACGAAUAUGCUGCUUUCCGCUCUGGAAGUGCUCCUCGUCCCGACCGUCGCGCCUUCGCCAUUAUUAUUGAGAAGGAGACGGCUCAAGUCGCCGAAGUAGUCGUCAACCUCGCCACUUCGAGCGUUGAGACUUGGAAGCCGGUCACCGAUGUGGCCCCAACUUUGACCCUUGAGGAUCUCGACAUCUGCGAGACGGUGGCUCGCGCCGAUCCCCGGGUCAUCGAAGCAUGCCGCGAAAUCGGCAUCACCGACAUGUCCAAAGUCUUCAUUGACGCAUGGGCUGUCGGUUUCGACCACCGUUGGGGUCUUGAUCGUCGUCUCCAGCAGGGUAUCAUCUACUACCGCAACUCUGCAAACGACAAUCAAUAUGCCCACCCUCUCGACUUCAGCGUCAUUGUAGACACUGAGAAGGAGGUCGUGUUGGCCGUUGACAUCCGCCGCGUCAAUGGCGAGCGCGUCAAAGUGCCCCUUGAGGAGCACAACUACAUGCCAGAGUUCAUUGGCGAUACUUUCAAGAACAAACUGAAGCCCAUCAGCAUUACUCAGCCUGAGGGUGUUUCGUUCCAAUUGAUCGGCAAUGAGCUCCUCUGGGCCGGAUACAGAAUGCAUAUCGGCUUCAACUACCGAGAGGGCAUUGUCAUCUCGGACGUUCGCAUGCACGAUCAGUACGAGGGAAGGGAGAGAUCCCUUUUCAACCGUAUCAGUGUUGUUGAGAUGGUCGUCCCGUACGGAAACCCCGACCCUCCUCACCACAGGAAGCACGCAUUCGAUGUCGGCGAGUACGGAACGGGUCUCAUGACCAACUCCUUGAAGCUGGGAUGUGAUUGCAAGGGAGUAAUCCAUUACUUGGAUGCCGUUAUGGCCACUGGAAGUGGAGAGCCCGCCGUAGUUAAGAAUGCUAUCUGCAUUCACGAAGAAGACAACGGCCUGCUCUACAAGCACACCGACUACCGCGAUGGCACUGUCACCUCAGCUCGUGACAGGAAGUUGAUCAUUUCGCAGAUCAUUACUGCUGCGAACUACGAAUACGCCUUCUACCACAUAUUCACUCUCGACGGAACCUACAAGCUCGAGAUCAAGCUCACGGGUAUGCUGAACACCUACUGCAUGGCUCCAUCCGAGUCUGCUGCACCCUACGGCACCGAAGUCGCACCCGCGAUCAACGCCCACAACCAUCAGCACAUCUUCUCCCUCCGCGUUGAUCCCGAGAUCGAUGGAUCCAACAACUCCAUCCUGCAGAGCGACGCAAUGAUGAGUGAAGCUCCCCUCGGCUCCGCCGAAAACCCCUACGGCAACGGCUUCUACUGCAAGAAGACGCCCCUCCGCACCUCCAAGGAAGCCGCCACAUCCUACAAGCACGAGACGAGCCGCUCCUGGGACAUCAUCAACCCGAACCGCCUCAACCCGUCUGCCAAGAAACCCGUCGCCUACAAGAUCCUCAACAACAACUGUCCCUCCAUCCUGGCCAAACCCGGCAGCAUGGUUCGCAAGCGUGCCGCCUUCGCUCAGGAGAGCCUCUGGGUCGUGCCGUACAAAGACUACGAAUUGUUCCCCGCAGGCGACUACGUGUGCCAGUCCGGCGGCGACGAGGGACAUCCGCACAACUCGACCAUCGUCGAUUGGGUCGCGAGAGACGAGCCGAUCGAGAACACGGAUAUCGUGUGCUACAUCCAGUUCGGCCUGACGCAUUUCCCACGUACGGAGGAUUUCCCCGUCAUGCCUGCUGAGCCGGUUAGUGUUAUGUUGAGGGCUUCGAAUUUCUUCCAGAAGAAUCCAGCCUUGUGGGUCCCGCCCUCCGCGGUCGUGAAGGAUGAUGUUUCGAGGUAUGCUUCGGAUUUGGUUAAUGAUCUGAAGGCUCAGUGCUGUGCUGGGUCGAGUGGUUCCAGCAAGCUAUAAGUAUCGUGAAAGUUCUGGAAAUUGGCAAUUAUAGGCAAGUUCGUUAUCAGUAGCAAAGCAGGUACUCUCAACUUAAUCUAUACCAUCGACACUAAAUGCUAUGAUCAGUGGAAUGUAUUGUCGGCGUGCACUAUAAGUGAUUUCAGAGACCAAG